CUUCGAUAAAAAGGACCGUUAAAAAAAAAAUCAAAAAGUGAGAAUUUCUUUUGCGACCCCUGGUCCCGUUUUGUUAAAAGCUUUCUGUUACACAAUUUGCACAUUUCUACAAUGGCUCCAUAUAUAUACUAAAAAUGUAUGCAUGAUUUAUAAGAUAAUACACCAAAAACUGGUAUUCGACUCCAAAUGUUCGUCUUUAAUUAGACUUCUUCAGGGCAGACUAAUAAACGAAUACCAGUUUUUGGUGUAUUGUAUUAAUUCUUCCGGUUCAAGAUCACGACUAUUUGGGCCUUUUGCAUCGAUUCAUAAUUUAUAAGAAGUACUAAGAGUGGAAAUAGUAAUGUAAAACACCAAAAAAAAGGCGAGUGUCUUAUCGGAUUUUCAAAUCUCACCUUCUUGCUUGGCUUUUAUCGUGUGUAACGCAAGCGAGCGUGACAGUAACCUAGACAUGUACCAUGGUAGCUAUGGCAACCCACGCUUCAGCUGAGCGUGCUUGGAAAGGCGCAGCAUUCUAUUGGUUUCUUUCUUCUUUUGUCUUUUUAUCGAAAACAGUACAAUGGCGAUAUUAAAAAUAUUGAUUUCGCAGAAUAUGCUGCAAAAUACGAUAUUUUUUCCUAAUCCUCCCAUUGUUGCGUAUCUCAUUACCAGGAUUAAUUAUCGCUAACGAGCCCAAACUUCUUGUUGAUUGACCUCAACAGGCCGACUUUUUCAAAGCUUUUUAGCUACCGCUUUGCCAAAUACCGAUCAUUUAUUCGAAAGUUUGAACCUUAAACAAGUUAUUGACUUCCAAAUGGAUUUGGUUACACUGAAUUUCCACAUUGCACGUGAGCGAUUCCAAGACGUCCAGUCUGCUUACAUCGCCAAAGCCAACGUCUCAAUGCAAAGAGUGCGUACCUAGAUCCGCGGGCACCCUGUGCUAUCCUCACUUCUUGGCACCAUCCUGGUGAUGUCACUAAUCCCGGUGACUCUGAUUGGUGGGUUCGUGCUUCUUUGUGCCUCGCCCUUUAUCAUUGGUGGGAUGAUAAUAGCAGCACCCUUUGUGCUGAGCUCGCUGUGUGCUCUGGCAGCCUUUCUUUGUUUUGGAGCACUAAUGGUCUUUAUUUGCUACAUACUUCACUUUGUCUACAUCCGGGUGUAUGACAAGUCACACGGGACAAUACAUGUCUUAGUGGGAUACAUAUCUGACAUGACGCAACCUUUGGGCUUGGUGCGUGCCCUGUGUAAGGAGGGGUUCUUUUCGCUUGGACUCGCUACUCUGAAGACGUGCGUAAUGGAAAUGGUGCGCCGAACGGGGAGAUACGGACUCGCGAUCCUGCGCAGAGCUGCAAAACAACCGCAUAAUUGGACCUCCUUGGUCCGCUUCCUGAUGGAGUUGUGGUUGACACCUGUCCGUGUGCUAGCCAAGGCGGCCAUCAUGGCGGUCGUCAUUCCAUACCGUGUAUGGCGCAAAGUGGUAGGGUUCGUCACCGGAGUCAUCACCCUCAUUACCGACGUGGUGUACCAGGUCUUCGGGAUUCGCCUUCGGAUGAUAUUCAAUACCAUUAUCAGCGUUAUUCACCAGGCUGCGUAUAACAUCAUUAUAUUCUGGGUGCACAUGAUUCUGGGUGCUUGCGGGAUGGUCGCGGGACACGCACGAGAAAUACUACACUUUCCGCAACGAGUCAUGCUACGAGCCCGCGAUAACAUUAUUCGAAUCCAGCACCUCACAUACCGCGCACGCGCCGUGCCGAUCCUUGGGUUCGUGUCUUACAUCUGCGACGCCGCGAUAUUCAUCCCGUCCCUAGUUAUAACCAAUACCAUCAGCACGAUCUUUUCACUUGUUGAGCACGUGAUCCUAGUCUUCCUCAGCUGUGUAGAGGCAAGUCACUCACGUGCACGGAACGUGGUCAACUCAUACGUCAGUCUACCACGGGGAGUCAUCUACGUGCUCGCGCGUGACUAUUGUUGGGUAAGGCCGCUGGAUACUAUUCGGACGUGGUUACGUCACAACGUAGAGCUACCCGAAAUCCUUUGCGAUGUAGCCGAGACUGCAUUCGCAAAUGAAGUUACCAAGGUAACGGGUCGCUCCUCUCACCGUGUUAACCGGAGACGCAGCACGUCGACAUAGACGCUGCGCAAGCGCGUUUGCAGUUUAUCUGGUGACUUUUAGUGACUUCUCAGAACCAGUUCUCUUAAUAUUCAAUACUCGGCUUGUGAAUUAACUCCUUUUUCCUUUUUUAAAAAAAUCUGGUUUAAAAAAUAUGCUUCGUAAUUCAAUGUUGAUAAAUAAAAAUAUAGUAAAAACUCGUGAGAAUUAAUUUUGCAUCACCCUACUUAUAUAUAUUUUGCAUCACAAAAAUGAUAUUUUUUUAUUUUCCUUGCAGAGAAUUGAAGUAAAAUACCUUUGU